UUGAUCCGCGUGACCUUACAGACUGACGAAACUGCGGAAGUGUCAUGGCGCCGCACAUCAUGCACGUUCAGAAACAUCGCUAGCGCAAAACACUUUCUAAUAAGUUUUCUUCUACACGUUUGGAAUUAAUACACGAUUUGAAUAUCGGGGGAAUCGUAACUUCCCCAGUUGCCCCAGUUUAAGAUGGCCGAGUCAGGCUCAGGCGACCCCAGUGGUCAGCGAGUGCCAGCUCCUGGAGGCAGUGGUAUUGGAACACUGAUGGGCCGCCGACCACCUGCUGGCAUCUCCCCUGGUCGUCUCCCCUCAAUGCGAUCCAGAGACCUCACCCUCGGGGGAGUAAAAAAGAAAACAUUUGCUCCCAACAUUAUUGGACGAAAAGUCAAAGAGGAAACUAAAGUUGAAGGUGGCCAGAGCAGAGGCAGGCGGGAUGCAGACCGAGGUCGAGGUCCGAGAGAAAGAGGCAGGGGUCGAGGUCGUGCACAAGUCAUCCAGUCCCACUCUAUUUUUGAGCAGGGUCCUGGGGAAAUGAUGAUGAAAAAGAGAGGUGGGUAUGAAACCGAGAGAGAUGCUCCAAGCGUGGGGCCCUCACCCAUCAUCAAUAUUAAAAAGGAGAAAAGGGAGACGGAGGAGGAGACCAAAGAAAUCCUACGCAGUCUAGAGAGAGACAAUUUCAUAGAUGAUCCCUUCUUAAGGAGUGAACAGAGGAGUUGCCCUGUCCAACUCCCCCUCGCGGUGUCGGGAUGGGGAUUCAAGGAGGAAUUUAGUAAGGCUGAUGUUAAGGUGGAGAAGGUAGAAGACGAUUGUGACCCAAUGGAGCCUGCAGUUGAUGUCAAACAGGAGCCAGAGGAAAUAGAAAUAAAUAAGUCAGAGGCAACUUUUAAGCCUCCUCCUCUCCCUGAACCUGCUGUUCUGCCUGAGCUGCUGCACAGUUGGAGUCAGAGCAAAGGCGAGGAGCUGUUCUUCAUGCAGCUGCCCGACUCGCUGCCAGGCCAACCUCCCACCAAGGAGCACAAGCCUGUGAAGACGGAGGUUCAGACAGAGGAUGGACAGUCUAUGCUUCUGAAAACAGAGUCUCAGGAAGAGGAAGCUGAGGAUAACAGCUGCAAUCUGAAGGAUCUGCGGGAAGGUGUGGUAGGAAAGAUGCUGGUGCGGAAGUCUGGCAGGGUCCAGCUCAUACUGGGACAAGUGAUCUUUGACGUUUCACUAGGAACGUCCUGCUCUUUCCUCCAGGAGCUGGUCUCCAUUGGUACAGAGGGAAGACCAGGUGACUUGACUGUGUUAGGGAAAAUCAAACACAAAAUGGUUUGCUCCCCAGACUUUGAGGCUCUACUGCAAAACAGUGUAUGAUGCUUUUGGAAGCAACAGAAAAUUGUCAGACCUGACAGAUUGUUGCACUUGUGGUGGGUUGUUAUGUUGAUUUACAAAUUACUAUGGACUGUCCAUUUGGACUCCUCAAAACACCUCUGACGGCUGCUGAUUGUGCCUUUCGUGGAUCACUAUAAUAUCACUAAAAGAAACUUCUGAAAUACACUAUACAUAUAAAUGAAAAAGGACUGAGUAUGAAGCUGUAGGUGGGUCUGUUGGAGGGUUUAAAGGUUUAAUGUCGUGCCACAUUUCAGUACUGUUAUCUACACCUCAUAUUACUUGACAAGACUGUAAAUGGAUGUAAAUGUGUGAAUAAAUAAGUUUUUGGUACACCUGCA